GUCGAGGUUGGACUGACGUGGGUGGAGGUGAAACUCUCCUGCAUGGAAAGGCUGGAUGACUCUCUGAAGAAGCAGUGGUGGCACCUGACCAACACCUUCUACGUGGAGACCCCAGAGGGAAACCGUGAGCAGUACGCUUCUGUGAAACUUGUCACCUACAUCCAGCGGUACUGUGGUGGGAUUGUCCAUGUGUCGUUCCGCAUCGAGACGGAGGCCAACUUUCAUCUGGAGAUGGAUGGAAUCCAGAUGGUCGAGAUUUCUAAGACCUUCCAGGAAAUUACCAUCUCUACAGAUGGAAGGGUGUCGACCACAGAGCGAACUCAAACCUUCAUACCUUCCCUACUCCUGAGCCUGGUUCUGGUCCUGAUAUUCCUGGCCCAGACACUGCUGCCGGUCCUGGCGCUGCCUCUGGUUUGGACGCGGCCUGUGGUCCUGGCGCUCCUGGUUCUGGCGCUGUCCGUGGUCCUGACGCUGUCCGUGGUCCUGACACUGUUGUUGGUCUUGACGCUGCUGCCUCUGGUCCUGACUCUGCUACUGGUCUUGACACUGCCCAUGGUCCUGGCGCUCCUAGUUCUGGUGCUGUCCGUGGUUCUGACGCCACUGGUCCUGACGCUGUCCGUGGUUUUGACGCUGCCCGUGGUCCUGACGCUGCUGCUUACUCCUCUGCUAGCACUCUGAGCUCUGCUCAGGUAAUAUGAAGCUCAUGCCAGUACUACUCCCCAACUUAAACCUGCAGGGUUUUCCGGUGAUAGCCUGUUCUUGCUAGU